GCCAGUGCAGAGACCAGUGCUGAUACUUGUGUGCAUUCCAGUCGGGAUCUUUGUGUCUGGGUUGUGUGUGCUGGCCUGCAGGAUGCUGGCUCUCAUUAAUCGGCUGCUGGACUGGUUCCGGGCGUUAUUUUGGAAGGAGGAGAUGGAGCUGACCCUGGUCGGGCUGCAGUACUCCGGUAAAACCACCUUCGUGAACGUGAUCGCGUCGGGUCAGUUCAGUGAGGACAUGAUCCCCACUGUGGGUUUCAACAUGAGGAAGGUGACCAAAGGAAACGUCACAAUAAAGAUUUGGGAUAUAGGAGGGCAGCCUCGCUUCAGAAGCAUGUGGGAACGGUACUGCAGAGGAGUCAACGCUAUAGUGUACAUGGUGGACGCCGCUGACUGGGAUAAAAUCGAGCCUUCGAGAACCGAACUGCACAGCUUAUUGGAAAAGCCUCAGCUCCAGGGCAUUCCUAUUCUCGUGCUGGGUAACAAGAGAGACCUCCCCAACGCCCUGGAUGAGAAAGAGCUGAUUGAGAGGAUGAACUUGGCAGCCAUACAGGACCGAGAGAUCUGCUGCUACUCCGUCUCAUGUAAAGAGAAGGACAAUAUAGAUAUCACGCUGCAGUGGCUAAUUCAGCACUCCAAAUCUCAAAGGAGCUGAGAGAGGACACGCCUCACUCUGCCCGCCCUGCUGCCAAGGUCUCUCCAUCGCCCCUGUCCUGUCCUGUCCGGGCACGACCAGACCCAAAAUGAAGAUCCAUGCGACUUACUCCAACACAGCGUCCAAGCACAAACCAAAAACCACCCUUCUUUUUUUGUUAGGGCUUUAACAUCGACCCAGAUAGAACCCGUUCACUCAGACUCGCUUUGCCUUUCUGCUUUACUGAUAACGGAUCCUGUGCUUCUCCUACACUACACUGUUCCACGCUCGCGUCGCUUCGCUUCCACGCUAAAGCCAAAACUCUACCGUUACCGCCGGGCUGAACCGCAGCCCUCGUUUCGCUUUCGCUCGGUUCCGUCUGCGCGGUGCUUCGGCGUGUAGAAUUUCUGUAAAGCUGAACUGGAACUCUUGGCUGUCUGGAAUGAUUAGAGUUUAAUGUAAAAUCAAUUUAAAUUCUGUAUUUUAGUCAGUUAAAACCACAGACUAUUUAUUUAGCACAGUGCUAAGCAGUGCCAGCCUGCCUGAUCAAGCAUGUGUGUGUGUGUGUGUGUGUGUUUGGUGCAGAUAUGAUAACGCGUAUUCAUUCUCGAUAUGUGUGUACGGUUUCACGCUUUAAUUUGGGUUCGGUUUGUGAUAUGUGCACCAUAUGUGCAGCAUCUGUUCCACAAGCUUUUAUAUUAUUAUUAUUAUUUUUAUAUUUGCAACCACACUUUUUAUUUUUUAUUUGUAUCACCCCAAUUUAGUCGUAUCCAAGUACCCAAUUGUAUUUCACCUCUGCAGCCGCAGACCUAUACACAUACAUGUAGAGAUCCGUAUCAUACACACAGUCACACACUAAUCUCUGUUAUCCCCCGUCUCUGUGCAGCACCUCGAUCGGCCAGCAGAGGUCGUAACUGCGGCAGUUAUUAAGACCAACCAGUUGUUGUCUGUGCAUCGUCAGUCCGGACUGCUUGGCGCUGAGUAAAUGUUGUGCAGUAGUGAUGUUUGCAGCAGGCAGAAUGAAUGAAUGAGUGAGUCGACCUGUGUGUUACACCGGCCGAAACCAUUGCGCACCCUAACCCAACACUCUGAGAGAUGGAGAAUGUAAGAAUGUGAAUGAUUGUGAGCUUUUAGUGUGAUAUAAAACUUACUGUGUGUAUAAUAAGCAUUAAAAUGUGGAGUCUCGAAUGCCAA